UUGUCAGGACUGAUUGGGGUAGUGUCAUGGAAGAGGCCCCUUUCGCUUGUGAUAACCUUUUUCAUGCUGCUGUCUGCAGUGUGUGUAAUGCUGAACUUGGCUGGUUCCAUUCUCUCUUGUCAGAACGCUCAGCUGGUAAAGUCCCUGGAAGGAUGUCAGUUGAUUAAGUUCGACAGUGAUGGUGUCUGUGUUUGCUGUGAAAUGCAGCACCAAACAUCAGGCUGCAGUAACCUGGGAGAAACACUGAAACUGAACCCUCUGCGAGAGUGUAAUGUUGUGAGGUUGACCCUAAAGGACCUGUUGUUCAGUGUGUGCGCUCUCAAUAUCAUCUCCACCAUCGUCUGUGCUUUGGCAACAGCAAUGUGCUGCAUGCAGAUGGUUUCUUCUGAUCUCCUGCAAAUGCAGGAUGAUAUCACACAGUUUCUGCCACAGAGGCCACAUUCUUCCCACCAUGACUGUAUGACUCCACAUGGGACUAUCCUGCACCAAACCCUGGACUUUGAUGAGUUCAUACCGCCAAUACCGCCGCCGCCGUACUACCCGCCGGAAUACACCUGCACGCCGGUCAUAGAGGCACAGAGAGGUUUCCAUUUGGACUUCACUCAUUCCCCGUUCAGUGCAUUAUACGAAGUCACCAUUAACAGCCCCGGAAUCUUGUAUCCAGCCGAGCUGCCCCCUCCUUACGAGGCAGUGAUUGGAGAGACGCCUGCUAGUCAGGUCACUGGUAUUGAUCAGCAAGUAUCCGAAUCAAGCUUGGGGGAAAGGAACAUGACAGAGGGCUUCAGCACACAAGUGUCUGUUGACAGCACCUCCCUGAUGGUCUCCGAGGCAGUGGAUGUCCCAGACCAGAGCUGCUCCUCCGAAGAUCUCUGUUCACUGGAAGUUCAGGGAUCCCUCCGUUCUGUGGAUUUUUCUCCCUACAGCAUGACAAGCAGAGGGGCCGUGGAGCGAAGCUGCGGCAGCCUGGACUACGGCGCGCACUGCCGCCUGCGCCGGACUCGCUCGCAGGGCUCUCCUGCUGAGGACGAUGGCUCCCACAGCAGAGCCUCUACGGACAGGUCUCAAGGACAGGAGAACGAGAGCUGUGCCCACGGCAGGGCCUCAGACUGUUCGCUGGAGAAUUUCAGCUCCUCAGACAGAGAAGGGCCAAGUAAAGCCAGUCCAUCCUUGGAACACCUGAAAAUCUGCUGUGGGGUCUGCAGCCAGCCUGCUGUCCCUCCCCAGCCCUCCCCCGGUCUGGGGCCUACAAAUACUUCAUCGUACGCAGGCAGCCCAGAGACUGCUGCCCAGCAACAUCCCAUUACAAAACCCAGAUUUUCAAAUAUAGUCCGAUCAACUAGUGACCCUGUAUCAUGUUCCUCUCAUACAGAAGGUGRUAAUUGUGCCUGGACUCCAGUAUACAGCCAGCAUCGAGGCACAGGAUUAUUUCCAGCUACACUGGAAACAGUUCCUGUUUYGGGUUCUCACAUGGCUGCCUCUGCUUGUCAGGAUUCUCUGAGCAGUUUCCUACCAGCUGAAAAGCAGAGGGAUACAAGGAAAAUUGACCUCCGUGUAAAGUCAAAGGCUUUGCAAGCAGCCUCGAAAGAGCGACCGCACUCUUUAGUGGACCUUAAAGCCUAUAAAGACACAAAAAUUUUAGUGGCCAAGUUUUUGGAACAUUCAGACUGUAAUCUGCCUCCAGAAGUGCGUCACGUCGUGAACAGCAUCCGCUCUGUUAUCAAGUCUGACGAAAGACACAUGGAGGAAGCCAUCUUCAGUGCCAACAUCAUAGAGCAGGUAAUCACGAGUUCCCAGCAGAAUGUGAGCAGCUCUCGGAAGCGCCUCCAGGGAGAUCUGCACCUGCAGAGCUGCGGGGCGCUGAGCUCGCCAGGCGCCUUCUCGCGCCGGGCGCGCGGCGCCCACAGCUCGGAGCGCGACCGGCCUCGCAGCCUGGGCCACGUUUGCCGGGAGACCAUCCUUUGAGAACAGCCCCAGGUACGUGGGUCCAGCCAAGAGGUUUAAGGAAGAAUCCAGGACUGGGAGAAAUACAAUAGUGGAUGGCUUAAAAAGGAAAAAGUGUCUUCCUUUGGAAUUCCACUUUUUUUCCAAGCGCAGGAAGCGAACGCCUGUUUUUCUGAAUGUAAAUUGCAGCCCUGCAUUUUGCAGAAUUUUACUGAUUUAUUAGUAAACUCG